AAAAUUCUUUGUACCUUUACUAGCUUGGUUUCUUAUUCAGAAUUGUAUUUUCAAAAAUAGUAGCUAUCUUCAAACUACUGCCCUUUUUUUAUAAGAUUUAUGAGGCAUCAACAGUAUAUACAUAUCUCAUGAUAUCUGGAGUAGCAAAUAAUUUAAAAAGUAUUAGGGGCAUUAGCUGUAUAAGUUUAUAAACAUCCUAUGUUGCUAUGAAAUUUUCAUUCUAUUUUUUAUACAGAGAAAAAUUAUGCCUACAUUACUGGCUACAUUAUUAGGCUGCUUGUUGGCAGCACAAGGUUUUGUCUUAGGAGCUGAUGAUCAGUGUCAGACUUAUGCUGGUGGCCAUGUCUACCCCAACACUGAGGGCACGGCAUCUGGGCAUUCUCUUCAGUGGACUAAGGCAAUGAUAAGUAAGCCAGCACCGUCUUGGGAAGCAACGGCUGUGGUGGAUGGCCAGUUCAAAGACUUGAAGCUCUCCGACUACCGAGGCAAAUAUCUGGUCUUCUUCUUCUACCCUCUGGACUUCACAUUUGUGUGCCCAACGGAAAUUUUAGCUUUCAACGAUCGUAUUGAAGAGUUUCGUAAGAUCAACACUGAGGUGGUAGCUUGCUCAGUGGACUCCCAUUACACGCAUCUGGCUUGGACCAAGACCCCCAGGAAGGAAGGUGGCCUAGGGCGCCUCAAUAUCCCGCUGGUGUCAGACAUCACCAAGAAAAUAUCCCAAGACUACGGCGUGUAUCUCGAGGAUCAGGGCAUAUCCCUGCGUGGGCUCUUCAUCAUCGACGACAAGGGCAUACUCAGGCAGAUGACCCUGAAUGAUCUGCCUGUGGGGCGGUCUGUGGACGAGACGUUGAGGCUUGUCCAGGCUUUCCAGUUCACUGACAGCCAUGGCGAGGUCUGCCCUGCUGGCUGGACUCCUGGGGAUGCCACGAUUGUGCCGAGCCCAGAUGAGAGUCUCAAGUAUUUCAAGAGUACCAACCAAGACUAGUUAUCUUGAACGCUAGUAAGCGGCAGUUCGUCGUCUGGGAUGCUCCUUGGACGACUCAAGCUCAGCCAUGUUAUAAACUAAAAUAGUUCCACAUAUUUCGUUGUCUUGCUCCAUCCAAAAUUCCAGUAUCACUGCUUCAUCAACCUCUAACAUGCGUGUCACGUCAGCGAUUACUAUUCAUCAUAUAAUGUUCAUUGCACCGCAUGUGUGAUGCACAUUUCUGUCUUGAGCCAGUGUAUGUGAUGACAUUCAUGAAGUGAAUGACUAAGCAACUACCGGCAGCAAAGGAUGGUCGUAAUUUCUACCAGAGAUAUUUUAUUUUGGUCUGAAUUUAAGUUUUGUGCCUCUAUGAUAAUAACUUGAAUUGAGAUUUUGGUGCUAGAAUAUCAUCGUGUUCUCUCUGAAUAAUUUACUAGCUGUUUGAGUUAGAUAGCUAACUUAAAGUUCUUCAUGCCUUCAAGGAUUAACCAGCUGAUUACUUUCUCUUGUUGACACUUUUGGGAUAGUAAUGUUAAUUUUCUGUUAUUGGUAUUGUGGAGAGAGCGAGCUCAUAACUUUCCUUUAUUUAUACUGUCAAGAAUAGCAAGCCCCCACUGUUGUUCGAGGACGUUGAGCUUAUGGUAUUAACUUUCUACAUUUGACUCAGUUGAGGAGGCAGCUGUUGGCGUGGUCACAUUUCAGUUAUUGACUUUCAUGCAUCACAGCUUGCCUCUGACUUGACGAAGCUCAGUUGGAACUUAUUAUUUCCUUGAAGCAGCGACAUUCCAGAUGUGACCAAUUUCAAAGCAUUUUAUUUUUUGUUGUUAACAAUAUUCUGAAUUUGUGUGAGAAUAAACCAUGCGUGUUUUCGG